AAGCAGAUAAUUAAAAUGAGGUCGAUAGGUAAUUUAUUGUGCGAUUAAUUGAUUUGUUUAUCGCGACAGGCCUACUUGCACUAGACCAAACAUGAACCGAAUAUUUGCUUUUACUCUGAAAGGAGCUGUAAAUUACUGUGCCGUAAUGUCUUGUGUCGUGGCUCACGUGAGUGCGGGCUGGAUUUACUGUCAUUUUCGAACAUUCAUUCAUUCAUUCAUUCAUUCAUUCAUUUUUAUUCUGUCACGUUAAUGCGUCUCGUACAGCCACUACGUGCACCCCCACACAAUAGGUAUCAAAACGUGCGGCUCGAUCUCGAGAAGGGAGCUAUUACUUUUAAGGGAAAUUUGAGUUACCAAGGCGACAUAAUUCGCGAAAGUGAUGUCACAAAAUCCCAUACAAAUCAAUGGAGUGAGGUUAACAAACAAGCAAAAACACAAUUUUUUUGGAAUUUAUGUGUGGUCAUGGAUUCACAUAGAAUUCAACUUUCACUUUGUAUACGUCCGUGCUCUGUUCAGAGGUGAAGACAGUACUUAGAAACGAUUUACGUUUUUUUCACAGCUGUCUCUAGCGCACCAAAGUUAAAAAAAAUUUUUAACUGAAAAUAACUGCUGCUCCACUAGAGUGAGAAACGGAGUGAAUUUCUGACCCCAAAACAUUUUUUAACAAGCCCCUUCACGUCCACAAAUAUUGCUCCACUGAUAUGUAAUAUGGUCAUGACAUCACACCGAAUGCCUGCUUCCAUAAAAUGUUAUCAGAAUUGCUCUAGGGCUGACUGUUUUCUGUCAAGGUGCUUCAGAGCACUAAUAUUAGCUCUUUCCAUAAAAUAAGUAUUUUAACUAUUUCUUUCUCACAGGUUACAAGGCAGUGCAAUAACACUAGCAAAAACAUUAGCAUUUCACUGCUACCCUUUAGGUUUGUGCAUUAGCAUUAGCCUGCCUUCCCUCUAAAAUAAGCAUUUGAGCUAUUUAUUUAUUAGCUAUGUUUAGCACACGGAAUGGAGCAAGUCAAAAAAAGACAUCAUGCUAGUGAUAUCCCACAUUCCACUGACAGCAUUUAUGCCAACAUAGCAUUUUGGCAAAUUUUAGCUCAUACACUAUGUUUAACAUAUUGAAUGGAGUAGGUCCAUGUUAGUCAACAUGCUUGUGAUUCUCCACAUGCUUUACAUAUUUAGCUAAAUUGAUUGAUGCUAAUGUUUAGCAUCAGAUUGCUGGGUUCCAACUGACAGGCACACGUUGGCAGGCCCCACUUAAACUUCAGAAAUUUUCUAGUGAAUUCUUGUUCUCCUGUCUCAACUAAGUAUAACUAAGUAACAUUGCGUACAGCCUGGUGUGUGUGUGUUUCAGAGAGUGACCAUGGUUCUGAAAGAGAUUCCAGCUGAUAACAUUGCCCGUCCUUUGGGGAGGAACGAGGUAAUUGGUCUGCUCUUCCGACUCACCAUAUUUGGAGCUGUAACCUACUUCACCAUCAAGUGGAUGGUGGACGCUAUUGACCCAACUCGAAAGCAGAAAGUGGAGGCUCAGAAGCAGGCUGAGAAGUUGAUGCGUCAGAUUGGAGUGAAGAACGUCAAGCUGUCGGAGUACGAGAUGAGUAUUGCUGCUCAUCUGGUGGACCCAUUGAGCAUGCAGAUCACCUGGAGAGAUAUCGCUGGUCUGGACGAGGUCAUCACUGAGCUGAAGGAGACUGUGAUCCUGCCUGUUCAGAAGAGACACCUGUUCCAGAACUCCAAACUGCUGCAGCCUCCCAAAGGUGUACUGCUUUAUGGCCCCCCUGGCUGUGGAAAAACACUGAUCGCCAAGGCAACAGCGAAGGAGACAGGGUUUCGCUUCAUCAACCUGCAGCCAAGCACACUGACGGACAAGUGGUACGGGGAGUCGCAGAAACUGGCUGCUGCUGUAUUCUCAUUGGCUGUUAAGCUGCAACCUUCUAUAAUCUUCAUUGAUGAGAUUGACUCAUUCCUGAGGAGUCGUUCAAGCUCAGACCACGAGGCUACAGCCAUGAUGAAAGCCCAGUUUAUGAGUCUGUGGGAUGGACUAGACACAGACCAUCAUUGCCAGGUGAUCAUAAUGGGCGCAACUAACCGUCCUCAGGACCUGGACUCUGCCAUUUUGCGGCGAAUGCCAACCAGGUUUCACAUCAACCUACCUAGCGAUAGGCAGCGAGAGGACAUCCUUCGUCUCAUUCUGAUGAACGAAAAAGUGGACACCUCUGUUGACCUUAAACUUGUUGCCAAGGAGACGGAGGGUUUUUCAGGAAGUGACCUCAGAGAAACUUGUCGUGAUGCAGCACUGCUCUGCGUCCGAGACUUUGUCCACAACCAGAGCACCAGCUCGGAGGAUGAUGACCCUAUACGUCCUAUCUGUCAGUCUGACCUGCAGACCUCAAUCAGCAAGAUGAAGCGCUCUAAGGCAGCAAACAUUCAUGGUGUUCUGGUACACGCCGCUCUGGACUAAAUGCUUGGGUUCAUAUGAACUUCCAAUACUGGUGUGGAAACGCAUUGAGCAUGUGCCACUUACUGCUUUCUGACAUCUUUGUUUCCUGUCUCCUCCAUGUUUGGGCACCCAACAGGAACCUGGUGUUCCUGAUGGGAGGUGUUCAUAGUUACACCACAGUUCUCUGUGAAGCUACCUAGGGAUGUUCCACCUCACCAAAGUUCUUCUAAUCUUCCCCCUGUUGUCACCCCUGACCUGAAAAUGCUGAGAUGUUCUGAAUUUGAAAAUAAUCCUCACUGUGUCAAAGAUAAUACAUUUUAAUCAUUAGACAAAACCCAUAAAUUUAAUAAAACAAUGAAACUGCUGACAAAUUGGUCAGGGGCAGCACUCUGUGAUGAAACAGCAAGCAAUUAUCAACAUAAAGUCAUUUAUAAUUGAUUAAUAUCUUUUAUUGAUCCUUUAUUCUAUAUGUUUUUGUGACUUAUAAUUUUCUGAGGGCUGGUUGUGUAUUUAUUUAUAUUUAACCAUGGUGGGUCAUUUUGUUCUGUUCAACUCUGAUUGUAAACAGUCUGAAGUGUUUUUUAUGCAGUAGAAAAAUAAAAAGCAAAAAUAUUUAUUUUAACACAUCUCUAUAGAUGGAGCUCA